UGUGUCACGUGACCAAAAGGUUCCCCUAACGCCGCAGAACUCUGGCGCUCGUUGUGGAGUAGCCGGCUUCGCGUGGGAUCUGAAAUGUUCCACCAGAUCGGUGUGUUUUUUAUGUCAUGUCUGUCACUUUAUCUCACAUUUUGCGAAGCCGAGGACUACGUGUUAGACGACCGAAGUGGCCUGGGAAGACGUUUCGACGGUAUUGGCGGUUUAAGCGGCGGAGGAGCGACGUCGAGACUGCUGGUGAACUACGCGGAGCCCUAUCGAAGCCAAAUCCUCGAUUACUUGUUUAAGCCAAACUUUGGUGCCUCACUGCAUAUUCUCAAGGUGGAAAUUGGGGGCGAUGCUCAGACUACAGAUGGAACAGAGCCUUCUCACAUGCACUAUGAAAAUGACGAGAACUACUUUCGUGGUUACGAGUGGUGGCUCAUGAAGGAAGCCAAGAAGCGGAACCCAAACAUUACUCUUAUUGGAUUACCCUGGGCUUUUCCAGGCUGGGUUGGACAUGGAACAAACUGGCCUUAUGACUUUCCGGACAUCACUGCUUACUAUGUUGUCUCAUGGAUUAUUGGUGCAAAACAGUAUCAUGACUUGGAUAUUAAUUAUAUUGGGAUAUGGAAUGAAAGAAAAUUUGACAGCAAGUACAUAAAGCUUCUGCGAUACACUCUCGAUAAAAGUGGUUUGCAACAGGUUAAAAUUGUGGCCAGCGAUAACUUAUGGGAGCCUAUUUCUACUUCAGUGAUUUUUGAUGAGGAGCUCUCCAGCGCAGUUGAAGUAAUAGGUGCUCACUACCCAGGCACCACCACUGUCACUCAGGCACUGCUGACUGGGAAGCCACUGUGGGCUUCUGAAGAUUACAGUACCUUCAAUGAUGAUGUGGGCGGAGGCUGCUGGGCACGUAUCCUCAAUCAGAACUAUGUAAAUGGCAGAAUGACUGGCACCAUAUCCUGGAAUCUGAUUGCAAGUUAUUAUGAGAACCUGUCCUUUGGACGAGAUGGGCUGAUGACUGCUGAGGAGCCAUGGAGUGGCAAUUAUGUGGUCGAGUCUCCAAUAUGGAUAACUGCCCAUACAACCCAGUUUGCCCAACCUGGAUGGCGGUACCUAAAGACUCUUGGUCAUUUGGAGCAAGGUGGAAGUUAUGUGGCAUUCACAGAUGGAAAUGGAAAUCUGACCAUCGUUAUUGAAACCAUGACUCACGAUCACUCCCAGUGUAUAAGGCCUCCUCUCCCUGCCUUCAAUGUUUCUGCCCAGAGUGCAACAUUCCACUUGAAGGGAUCUUUUAAUGCUCUGACAUCACUACAAGUGUGGCACUCCAAGUUGGAUUUUAAGAGACAAAAUUCAAUAUUGUUUAAGCAGCUUAGUCCAAUGAAGCUGUCUGAUGGCACAUUUUCUUUGGACCUGGAUGUAGACGAAGUUUACACAUUAACAACUAUAACUACGGGGCAGAAAGGGGCUCAUCCGGCUCCACCUUCCUCCACUCCCUUUCCAAAAAUAUACAAAGAUGACUUCAACGUCCGUAACCCUCCCUUCACUGAGGCACCAGACUUUGCUGAUCAGACAGGAGUUUUUGAGUACUUUAUCAAUUUGACUGACCCAGGACCCCAUGUGUUCACACUACGUCAGGUGGUCACUCAGCGGCCAGUGACAUGGUCUGCAGACGCAGAUCAGACCAUCAGCAUAAUUGGUGACCAUAACUGGCAAAACCUUACUGUGACAUGUGACAUCUUUAUUGAGACUGCCAAGACAGGAGGGGUGUUCAUUGCUGCCAGGGUGGAUCAAGGCGGGGAAGCUGUCAGACAUGCCAAGGGAGUCUUUUUCUGGGUCUAUGCGGACGGGACCUACAAAGUGACUAAUGACAUUGGUGGACAAAUUGUACUGGCUGAAGGUCUAUCAGGAACACAAGCUGGGGUUUGGCACACAUUGAGUCUCACUGUUAAGGGUCAGUAUGCCACGGGAAUGCUUAAUGGAUACCCUCUUUGGAAGUCUGCUGUGGUUUUGCAACCCAAGAAUGGUUGGGCAGCCAUUGGCACGAAUACGUUUGAACUUGCCCAGUACGAUAACUUUGCUAUUGAAGCUGAGUGACCAAUUGUUUUCUCUGGGGCUUCUUCCAUGACAGUAAUUAACCUCGGUAACAUGUCAUCACAGGGACCUUGGUUUUUUCGUAAUGAAAUAAGCUCUGCAAACCUGCACAUAGACAAGUUAAAAACCCCAAAAAGACAUGGCUUGGAAAAAAAGUCCUCACUUCACAAAAACUGAUAACACAUUUAGCCAACAAUCAUAACACGUUCAACAGUAAGUGAACCUUUUAACCACAGGUGUAGACACAGACUGUGUUUAAAUGCCUGGUAAACAGUAGCAUUUCUUCACACUUCAUCACAGAGCAAAAUUGCACUGGGGAACACAGUAGGAGUGUACUGUAUGUCCUAUUUAAAAUCACAGAUGUUUUGUUUAAACUUUUUUGGCUGUUGUCAUGAAAGCAAGCUCAGAGAAAGGAAACUAUGACUCUAAAUUUAAAUUUAAUCUUUUUUUUAAUCUGAUUAUGUACCUUUUUAAACAGCGGGGAGCUUUAAAUACCAAACACAUUGCUGUGCUGUUGUGAUUUUGUUCGGCGAAGAAGCAUUUACUUUUCGUUGCUGUUCAAAAUGUGAGAAUGUGCUUUGAAAACACUAUGCAGUGACUUCUCAAAAAGUGUGCCUUCUUAGUAAACAGGUAUUUUAAGUUGGAAUGUGGUCUUUUUUGUUAAUCUGAGGAACAGUCUAAAUUUUCAUUUUA